CAAUGGCAACAUCUGAGAUUAACUGGGACAGGUUAGAUAAAACAAAGUUCUAUGUCGUGGGAGCAGGACUCUUUACGGGUGUUACAGUGGCACUCUACCCAGUUUCUGUCGUGAAAACUAGAUUGCAGGUUGCUUCAAAGGAUACUCUGGAGCGAAAUGCAUUUUCUGUUGUGAAAGGAUUGCUUAAAACGGAUGGCAUCCCUGGUCUGUAUAAAGGUUUUGGCACGGUUAUCACUGGUGCCAUUCCUGCCAGAAUCAUAUUCCUCACUGCCUUAGAGACUACAAAGGUGGCUUCCUUUAGGAUGCUUGAGCCAUUUAGGUUAUCUGAAACUACCCAGGCUGCCAUAUCAAAUGGAAUUGCAGGCAUGGUAUCGUCGCUUUUGUCACAAGCUGUGUUUGUUCCAAUUGACGUGGUUAGUCAAAAGUUGAUGGUGCAAGGAUACUCAGGCCAUGCCCAAUAUAGUGGUGGUUUGGAUGUUGCUCGUAAGGUGUUAAGGUCUGAUGGAAUCAGGGGAUUAUAUAGAGGUUUUGGUCUAUCUGUCAUGACUUAUUCACCAUCUAGUGCUGUAUGGUGGGCAAGUUAUGGCUCAAGUCAACGCUUCUUAUGGAGAUUCUUGGGAGAUAGGUUCAGUGAGGAAGGUACUCCUCCUAGUCUAUCAAAGAUUAUUAUGGUUCAGGCCAGUGGAGGGAUUUUCGCUGGUGCUACUGCAUCCUGCAUUACAACCCCAUUGGAUACUAUCAAGACAAGGUUACAGGUGAUGGGGCUUGAAAACAAAAGUUCUGUAAAACAAAUUGUCAAAGACUUGAUAGUUGAGGAUGGUUGGAAAGGUUUAUAUAGAGGAUUAGGUCCAAGAUUUUUCAGCAUGUCAGCAUGGGGUACUUCAAUGAUAUUGGCCUAUGAAUAUCUGAAGCGAUUAUGUGCAAAAGAUGAAGAGGCAGUUGGUAAUUGACUUUCUUUUCUUGUCGUGACUUGAAAGGUUGCAGUUCAAAAAAGGUCUUGACAUCACGGUUAAACUUUUGAUAGAGUUAUACUAACUGAUUGUUCAAGGAAAUUAUCGUUGGAUACAUAGAUAUAGAUUUUUUCGUACUAGAAAAUUGUUUUCAUUCUUUUUGACAAUUAAAUUGGAUUGGGUGUAUUCUUUUCCCACACUGUUAUGAUAAUGUACAAUGGGAAGAAAAAAGUUAACAAUCAGAUUUAUUUUUUCCUUUUCCCUCUAAAUCUAUGCUAAUUUCAGAUUUGCCUCCAUACCACUGCCUUUUCGUCUUUCGAUUUUGUAUUGUGUGUGACUUGAAGAAU